AUGCGAGGUCUCAUUGCAACAUUCAUUUGCAGUUUAAUCCUCGCCAGUUCGAAAUUAUGUGGUGCAGCGCACCUGGAGCAAAUCCAAAAAGUUUUAAACAUCGAGACCUUUGAGCAACCUCAAUUGGAUCUCUCAGAGAGCGUCAAUGGCCAAAUACAGUUGCUGGGCAACUUCCAAGACCUCAAUUUCUAUAGAUACUCGGGCCAGAACAACUUUACCGGGGAAGUCACCAACAAAACCGACCAAAGACUCAUCUACUCCUCCGGUGACACGCUCAUAGAGCUUUAUGCAGCACACAGCAACGAGACUUUCCAUGUCGAGCACAUAGUGCCGCUAGCAUCCGAUUCCUUCAUCCUCAGCGGGACAGGUUCUCUAUCGGGCCUUCAAUUAGACCACCAAUUGGUCCUCAAUCUUUCGACCGUCGAAUUUCGUCAAAUUUUUACCCAAGCCUUACCAAAGGUCAAUGCCAUCACAGUUGUAAAGGAUAAGGUAUUUUUCGGUGGGGAAUUCAAAUACCAAAGCACCAAUGCAACAGCACAUUCUGUGGUUUCGUGGGACUAUACAACUGACAAAGUCGAACUUUUGCCCUUUGGAGGGUUCGGUUCAGGCUCCGCAGUAAACUCAAUCUUGUCCUGGAACGACCAAGCACUUUUCUUCGCGGGUAACUUUUCAACACUCGAAAAUUCUAAAGCCAUAAUGAAUAGCUCAAAUUCAAGCAGCUCAAAUGUGACAGUACCUGAAUUGAGCACUCCACUCUCUCUGAAAACUGCAGAGUGGAACUCCACGGGAAGUUUGCAGAAGGAUCAGCUGAUUUGUCCCUCGUCUUCCAGCAGCGCAGGUUGGCUACAGAGCGACAGCUCACAGGGUGAGUUUGAUGUAACGCUUGCGGCCAAAACGAAGUUAUCAAAGGUCCGACUUUAUAACUCUCCCGUCGAUGACGAACAAGUUUCGCUUUUCAGAAUUCUAACCUCGCCUUCCAAUGGAAUUAUGAACUUAACCUAUCUGGAUCCAUCCACUGGACAAUUAUCAUACUGCGACGCAUGGUGCCCAUUGUAUUCCACCAAAAAUCUGAAUGCCUUAAACUCUAAUACCUCAGAUUAUGAUAAGUUUUAUUUCUUGAAAAACCAGACGACUCUUGAAUGGUCUGAAUCAUUUCAGGAUUUCGCAUUUGUUGAUGAAGUUCCGAUUUCAAGUUUGAAUUUCAUUUCUUUGGACUCGUACGGCUCAAGUGCUGGACUCAGUUCAUUCGAGCUUUAUGAAGAUCAAGUUUCUGUCUAUGCCAACAAUACACAGAACGCUCCCAACUGUGGGGACUCCGCCAAUAUGUUUGAAUCAGAACUGUCCAGUAGUUCUACAUGGCAGUCUAAUACACAGGGAGAUAACUACGUGUACACAGAGUUUGAUAGCGGCAAAGACCUCCCUUGGGUAAACUACCUGAUUGAUAUCAAUUAUCCUGGUCAGUACACGAUUAACUUGCUGACACCAGGAUGUAAUUCGGAUAAUUCUUGUGAGGCAAGAGGUGUUGUGAAUGCGACAGUGCGUUUCAAAAGUAAUAACACACUUAUUUCCACAUCUGAAAUUUAUCAAACUAAUGCAUUUGAAAAGUAUGAUACUCUUUACUCGGGGCCUCUCGAUGACAGCUUGAAUAUCACAGUGGUGUUCAAGGGUGCUGGUAGCUCUGAUACUUCUGUUAUGGUUGCUGAAAAAGUCGAGAUUAUUUCCAACGCAUAUGAUGAAUCUGUUUUUGACAUCAAUGAACAUGGUCUUUUAAACGGGUUGUUGCAGUACAAUUUGACAGGAUCAGCAGCCAUUCCUUACAGCGAGAUGGCCAAUUCUACUGCAAGUUUGAUGGGUUUCACGAGCUCGAAAAUUCCAAAACAUGCCAAUUUGUUCAUUGAACGCUUAGAAGAUACAGCUGUUGUAUUGACCUCUGCAGGCGAAAUGAUUACAGCUAGCCCAAAUGAAGAUCUUGAGUUUUCUAGUAUUCGUUCAAGCACCAUUGGCCGGAAGAUUGAUUCUGCGAGCGCUUUCUCUAACGGACUAGCAGUCAUUGGAGAAUUCAACACCUCUAAAUCGGCGAUUGCCCUUAACUCUAAUGGCACAACAUCUAAUUUUGUUGAAGGUAACUCAACGGCCUUGCGCUCAACUAACAUUACCUUAAAUGGUGCAGAAGUUUUGGUUUUCAAUGAUGACUUCAUCGUUAAUGUCACAUCUAACCAACUUCUGCACAAUACUUCCAAACUCGCACUUUCCGCUCUCAGUGCAGGCUCUAAUAAUCUGAAUGAUACUUUGAUGCAAGGAAGCAUCACAAGAAAUCAAUUUACUAUGCUUGACGGUAGUUUCUCGAUACCCAGCAAAUCAAGUCAAAGCUCGAAUUUUUCAGACGUGUUUGGAGGUAAACUUCCAUAUGAUGCUGUUUUCAUCGAUAAUUCAACUACAAUCUAUGCAUGCUAUGACCCACAAGGACUCCCAAAUGCAUACAAUUUGAUGGAGCUAAAAAAUCCAUCUGCGGCUCAAAACUUACCUUACGAAUGGCCAAAUUCAGUAUCCGCCCUGGCUUACCUGAAAAAUGAGUCUCUCUUAGCGAUGGGCCUAGAAAAUGCUACCGGUGGACCGCAAUUCAUUCUGAGAAAUAUCAGUACCAACAGUGAUGUGGCAAAUUAUUCGUGGCCCAAUGAAGCCUCCGUGAACUCAUUUAUUUUUCUGGAGAGAAACACGUCAGUUCUUGUCGGCGGAAACUAUACUGAUGAAAGGUCUGGAUGUUCUGGACUUUGCUUAUUUGACUACCACGACAAUAAAUGGUCGCCAUUUUUGAAUAAUUCUGUAAACGGGGUCGUCGACAAAAUGGAGACUUUUAACGACACACUCGUUAUCUCAGGAGCUUUAAAAAAUGGCGACAAUCAAACUGCCGGGCUCCUAAGCUUGUCGUUGGUCAACGGUUCAUCUCAGAUAAUAAAAGGUGGAGAUGAGAAAAUAAAGGACUUUGCACACCUGGAUGAAAAUCACAACGAUCUUGUGGUGCUUUCAGACCGCAAUGUUUAUCACCUUACCAACGGUAACUGGGUCUCUAUUUCUUCUGAUUUCGAGGCCUCUUCAGUCUUUGCAGCUGCUCACGCAUUCCCAUUAAAUUAUAACUCAUCCGAUCACACUCACACCAAUGGAACUAAUGCUGUUAUCAUUACUGGCGAUAUCCAUCACGCAACGUAUGGUUCGUUGAACGCAUUUAUCUACCAUUCUCAAAAGUGGUAUCCGUUCUACACAACAUCAUCGGCAGUAUCGAUCUCAAGGCUUGAGGCUCCACCGGCAUUAUUUCCCAAUAGGGACAUAUCUUCAGCCAAUUGUUAUCAAGGGCUCCUACAGAGUUCGUUUCACGGUAAUACUACGAGCCCUAGUGGUAGUGGGAACCCUUCCGAACCAGCUACUCCCAAUUUGUACCAUGGGAACAAAAGAAAGCGAAUCGACAGAGGGUUCGUUGUCCUUAUUGGUCUGGCACUCUCAAUGGGAACGAUUGCGGUCUUAGGUACACUGGCGGUUGCUCUCUCGUAUUUCUUUGGUGACACUGGUGAGAACUACCAAUUCUUGAAACCACGUAUCGACGAAAACGAGAUGAUAGACACGGUUCCACCCGAAAAACUAAUGAAAUUCAUAUAA